UCAGCUGUCACUUGAAAUUCCGGAAAAAGCACGAUAUUUUGCUUUUGGGGAGUUGUUUUGGAGCAGGAAAAAAAGGGAAAAUGCUGGGAAUUCGUCCUCUGAAUUGCCUCAGUGUCCUUAGGGAUCAAUUUUCGAGGAUAAGUUUAAGAGAACCUAACCUCACUCGUGGGAAGAGGCAUCUGAACUACCCCAAAUUGCGGAAUCCCUUCUGGUUUGUGCGGAAAGACAGGGUUAAGCAUGAUGAUUUGGUGUCUCCGGAGAAUUCACAGUUCGUGCAGGAAGUGCUGCAUGAUAAAUACGGCGUUCCGAGCUUGCUGAAGGGAGUGACAACGUAUCCUAAUGCCUCUAGCGGAUUGAUCCGGGCAGAGGAACUUCCACAGGCGGAAUGGAAGCCUUCCUUGAGAAGGACAGGGGUGAUUGCCAGGAAGAUUGGUCAGUAUCCUCUGUGGCUGAAGAAUGGGAAAAAGAUCCGGACGACUCUGUUGCAGAUUGUGGACAAUCAUGUAAUAAAGUAUAUCCCUCCGGAAGAGUUCAAUCCCACCCAGAAACCCAAAGUUAAAGAUGUGAGGCAGUGGGGAUGCAUGCUAGUGGGAGCAGAGAGUACAGAUCCUACAAUUCUCACCAAGGAAUACUGUGGACUCUUUAAGGAUUCCGGAGUCAUGCCCAAGGCUCGCCUGGCACGUUUUCUCGUGUCCCCGGAAGCCCAGCUCCUCCCCGGAACGCCUCUCAAUGUCUCUCACUUCCGCGUCGGGGAUUACGUGGAUGUCCGGGGCAAGACUGUCAGCAGGGGCUUCCAGGGAGUCAUGAAACGAUGGGGCUUCAAGGGAAUGCCAGCUUCUCAUGGCCAGACCAAGACACACAGACGUCCCGGGAACAUUGGCGGAGGCGGCGAGAAGGGCAGAGUUUGGCCCGGCAAGAAGCUUCCCGGACACAUGGGCAACCGAUGGAGAGUGAUGAGAGGACUCAAAAUCUGGCGCAUCAACACAAAAUAUAACGUAAUGUGGGUCCAGGGAUCCUCCAUUUGCGGCGAGACCAACAACUUUGUCUACGUCUUUGACACUCUGCUGCCCCUGAGGCGCUACACCGAAGCCCCGGCCUUCCCAACGCAUUUUGAGUCUCCGGAAGAGGAACUCCCGGAAGACAUUUGGCACGAAGAUGUGCACAACUUUGCAGAUCCAACAAUUCUCUACGAGCCAGAGUAACCAGACAAAUAAAACACAUUUCUCCUUUUAGGUUUAUUACUGUAAUUAUUUAAUAGACAACAAAUUGUUACAAA